AUGGUGUACGUGCCAAGCAGAAAUUUACAGGCUGUCAACAUAUUCUUCUCCUCCUGGGCCAUAAUCUUGUUGGCAAUAGGAGUCAUCAUAGAGGACUGGGUUGUAUUGGUCGUCACAGUACAAACUAACAUCACUAUCCACAGCCCAUGGAAUCCAUGCUGCCCUACUUUUUGGCCAGAAGAGAGCCUGAGAACGGUCAGAGGCAUGCUGAUGCUGACCCUCAACCUUUCCGUCUGCCUGAACUUGAUCCUGGGAUUGCAGUUCACCUAUAUGAUUUCUCAGAAUAAAUGUGCACACCUCUUCAUUACCUUCCUGAGUUUCUUCACAGGUGUCAUCUGUCUCAUACAGUGCACUGAUAAGUGCGCCUGUGUGCAAAUUUGUUUGUCAGAUGAAGACCUGAGUGGCAGCAAGAUACCUGGGCAUACGAUCAAAGCUAUCACUGAACAUACUGCUAUGCCUCGCAGCAUUGUCCAUGUGCAUUCUCUUAAUUCAGAUGGAGAAUGUCUGAGCAAGUCACAUAUCCAAAAACGCCGAGUAACCUGGGCUGUGUGA